AAAGAACCGAUUCAACCCGGCGGAGUAUUUGACUGAGGCGGAGUAUUGUUGGACUUGGACCAAUGCGCUUCAGCUUUACUGCCGAGUCCAUCAGCUGAACAACACCCGCUGAUUCAGAAUAUUUGAGCUGUGGUAUCAAAAAUGGAUGCUGACAAUGAAGCCAAAGGUAAGGUGAGCGACCAGGCGAUGCAGAACCCACAAGCGUUGGCAGCUCUUCAGGACAAAAUAGACAAUGUCUCACAUAGUGCUUCCAUCAUGGACAGUUUACCAAAGUCUGUGAAAAGAAGAGUCAAUGCCUUAAAGAAUCUUCAGGUUAACAGCACGCACAUCGAAGCCAAGUUUUACAAGGAGGUGCAUGAGCUGGAGAGAAAGUAUAGCGCUCUUUAUCAGCCAUUAUUUGACAAAAGAAGAAACAUAGUCUCUGGAGAAGUGGAACCCACUGAUGAGGAGUGUGAAUGGCAGAGUGACCAUGAGGAUGAAGCAGCAUUAGCAGAAGACCUGAAGAAGAAAGCUGCAAUAGAGGAAAAGACAGAAGAUGCUAAUGAGGAGAAACCCAAAGGAAUUCCAGAGUUUUGGCUCACCAUAUUCCGGAGUGUGGACAUGCUGAGCGAUAUGCUGCAGGAGCAUGAUGAACCAAUACUUAAACAUCUUCAAGAUAUUAAAGUGAUAUUUUCUGGUCCUGAUCAGCCCAUGAGCUUCACAUUAGAGUUCCAUUUUGAACCCAAUGAAUACUUUACCAACACAGUUCUCACAAAAGUAUACAAGAUGAAGUCGGAGCCAGAUGCAGAGGAUCCGUUUUCAUUUGAGGGGCCAGAAAUCAUCGACUGUGAGGGGUGUGAAAUUGAUUGGCACAAAGGCAAAGAUGUGACAGUAAAAACGAUCAAGAAAAAACAGAAGCACAAAGGCAGAGGGACAGCGAGGGUCAUCACCAAACAAGUGCCCAACGACUCCUUUUUUAACUUUUUCAACCCUAUUAAAGUUUCCCCAGAUAAAGAGUUGGAUGAGGAUUCGGAGUACACUUUAGCCACAGACUUUGAAAUCGGUCAUUUCUUCAGGGAAAGAAUCAUUCCGAGAGCAGUUUUGUAUUUCACCGGAGAAGCCCUGGAGGAUGAUGAAAGUUUUGAAGAGGAGGAACUGGAUGAGGGUGAAGAGGAGGACCAAGAUGAGGAGGACGAAGAUGACGAAGAGGAGGGAGAUUCCAAGUGACAGGCAUAAGUCAUUCUCACCUCAUACAUUUCUAGACCGGGGAUCCUCAGCCUGCAGAGUGCAAACAACAGUAGUUUGGAUCACUCACUCCUGCCACUGUCAUACCGCAUCAGCUCACCUAGAAUCAGCCCUGUAGAGCGGCGUACAUUCUCUGAUGAGCACACCAUCCAACAAAACAAAACAUGAUGAUGCAGUACAUUGGUAAACUAGUUUUUUAUCCUACAAAAUUAGCUUACUAGAAAUAUUCAGUUGCUAUACUACAACACUAUAGAUAAAUUGGGCGAUUCCAGAUUACGAAUGUAGAUCUAUACAUAAAUAAAUGUAAAGCUAUUUUUUAAUUCAUUAUUUAGACAUGUACAGACAUAAUGACUUCAGAUAUGUCAAAAGAAAAAAAAAAAAAAAAAAAAAACUUGCAGGUUUGAGACGAUUUUGCAAGCAUUGUCUUCACAUUCAAACAGGUUAAAUUUUAAGCCUGAAUAAAAUAAAUGCGAUUGUAUUCUGACUUCCUGAGCACAUCUAACCUUUGUCAAGGUUGUUUGUAUUUAACAUAUAGUUUCUCUUCUCAUUUUUGACUUGUUCUGUGUCAUGGGCAUAACCAUUUUUUUAUGCAGUAUAUCUAUUUAUCUACUUUUUGAACAAAACUGCAUGUUUAUACAUUUAUUUAUUUAUAGAAUGUGCUAGCUAGCUAGCCAGUCAGUCCAACUAAUGUAUCAGCGAUGUCUUGCAGGCAUCAAAUAAUUGUGUUUAAUCAUAUCUGGCCUCUUUGCAAUAUAAAUAUCUAACAUUUCCAUCUUCACUUGACUUUCUCUUGAAGGUCGUAGUUAAAAA